AUCAUUUCAAAACAAAUAUCUGCUUUUGUUCAACAUUAUAGGUUUAUUCUAAUUAACUUGUCUUCGUAGUGUUACUUUUUGUCGUAGCAUUUAAUUUGUUGAAUCUUUUAUUUUUCAAGGCGUACCGGAAGUUCUCUUUGUUUGGGAAGAGCUUAACACCGCUUUGCCGGAGUGGCCGAGUCUUCUGGAAAAAAAUCCUUUUCUCUUUUGACUCUUUGCCUCCCCCGACCAUCUUCAAAUGACAUUGACAAUUCGGGAAGUUUCCUGACUCGCCAGGAGAGAGUAAGUAGUCAUGCUGUCCCUCCCCCCUCCGGGAGUGACGCCUCAGGCUCCUGCGCUCCCAUUGGCUGACAAGGAUGUCUACGCAGCCACGGAAACGCUCACUCCUCAGGGGGUUCAUCAUCAUCAUCAUCAUCAUCAUCACCCUCAGCAGCAGCAGCAGCAUCCUAGUCCUCAGCUUAGCUGUCCUUGCGCGUCGCUGUUGCCCCGCCUCCUGGCUGCUCACAGGAUGGAGGUGCGGCGUCUCCUGCGAGGGGCCCUGGUGUCCUUGGGCCGGCGAGUGGACGCCCUGGAGCGAACGGCUGGCACAGGCGUUGGCAGGAGGAGGAGCCGCAAGAGGAACAGGAGCCACGUCACGCCGCAAGCAGACCACAAAAAAGAUUUGGACGCUUUCCCCAGCCUGGUUUCCUCUUCCUGUAGCCCCCAUGUCACUAGCUCUUCCCAUCCAUGGCCAUCGUCAGUGCUAGACAGCUCGCCUCUUUGGCACAGCUCCAGCCAAUCAGAGCACAAGAGUGGACUGGAGGGGAGGGGCAUCAAGAGGAGGAAAAGGAGCAUCACAGGAGGAGAAAGAGAAGAGAAAAGAGAAGACGGCGGCGGCGACAAAGAGGACGAUGAGCGCGCGAGGUUCGUCGGCCGCAUGGCCAUCUGCCAGACGGCAGGCGAAGCUUCUGACCACGCACCCCUCACGCUCUUCAACUUUGACCCCAGAAGACAGGAUGACGGCGGCCAAUUGGUGAAGGCCGUCAGCGUUGCUGUCGGGCGGAAUGGUUACAGCUCCUCCGCCCAGGAUGCUUUUGACUUGCUGCGAGCCGUGAGCAACCAAUGGCAUGCCUCGUCCGUCUCCCACUGCCAAUGGCGCUUUUCCGACUUCACGCCUCCUCUGUCGUCCCGCUCCAGCUGCAGUUCUCGGCUAGACGUCAACGCCAUGCUGCGUCUGUCCAUGGUGGCCGUGGCGACGCUUGCUGCUUCCGGGGGCUGGACUCGCUGGAAUCCCCGGCGGGUCCUGAGGGACUGGACGGCCCCGCCCAGUCUCACCAUCGAUCACUGUUACAUCCAAACAGCUGAUCUCAGGCAUACAAGGGCAAGGAAAAGAUCCAUUCACUGUCCUCGGAAGCGCCUCCUAGCCCCGCCUCUUCCUGCGUGCUCUGACAACGUAGCCUCACCUCAGGUCACGAUCACUCAAUCAUCAGCUGGCUCCAAGGAGAAAGCCAAGCGUGUGUCCCAGAUCCGAAUCCGUCGAGCUGCGCCGCGAGAGACGCCUCUCACACCCAUGGGGCUGCCCAAGGUCAAAAGGUUGAAGAAGAAGGAGUUCAGCGUGGAGGAGAUUUACACCAAUAAGAACUACAAAUGUCCCAGCAACAACAGGAGUCUGGAGACCAUCUUUGAAGAGCCUCAGGAGAAGGAUGGAGCCUUGCUUCUGAUUGGCCAGCAAAGGCGGCGCAGACUCCUCCUCUUCCCGGACUUCACUCAGCCCAGGAAGAGGAAGAGACCCCAAGGUGUUGGACUUCCUGUCGCGGCGGCGCCAAGAAAACGCACCGUCCGCCGUCAGUACCGCACAGGGCCCGGCGCCAACGACCCGUCGGACUUGGAUGUGAUGCUGGUGGAGAGACUGAGCGCGCUGGAAGACUUCCUGACUCGUCAGGGUUUGGAUGUGUGACAUCCCUUCCUGUCUGACCAAUGUAGUUAUAAACAAAUUGAAACAUGUAUAUUUUUGGAAUGAAUAAAUUUUGCUCGAGUGGUCUCAAAUUUGC